CCCAAUCAACUGCCUCUGGUUUUGGGCCCGGCUCUUUGAUCUCCGCCCUUUCUGUUCUGUUCAAUCCGGUGAGAACAGCAGCUACAGCUGCAGCCAUGGCGAAAUUGGACGAUUCUCUGCGGGUUCUGCACUUCGAUGACAUCCCUUCGUUCGAAGAAUUCUCUUCCACGAUCGAGCCUAGAAAUGUUCCCGCUGUCUUCAGAGGGGCUAUCAGGAACUGGGAGGCGAUCUCAAGGUGGGAUCCUGCCCGUGGAGGCCUCGAUUACUUGGAGGAAAGUAUUGGAUCUGUCACUGUGGAUGCUAUGCUAUCAAGUUCUGCUCCAGUUUUCUAUGGUGAUGUUCAAAGCCACGAGAGGGUUUCUUUACCAUUUGGCACCUUCAUCUCCUCUUGUAAACAUUAUGUUCAAAAAAAUGCGGAUAUGAGGAGUAGUUCCACCAUUGAACAAGAAGAGUUCUCAGCGUCUCAGGUGCAUUCUGAAGAAUCAUGUUCAACUUCAUUGGAUAGCUCUGAUCAAAUAUAUCUUGCACAGGUACCCAUUUUCAGUAAUGAAAGUAAAGACAAGUCUCCAUUGGGAAUUCUGAGCAAUGACUUACAAACGCCUGUAUUUGUCAGGGCAAAGGAAUUGACAUCUAUCAAUUUAUGGAUGAACAAGGCUCGAUCCAGGUCUAGCACUCACUAUGAUCCAUACCAUAAUCUGCUUUGCAUUGUUGCUGGUUCUAAACAAGUUGUUUUGUGGCCACCUUCUGCAUGUCCCUUUCUAUAUCCAAUGCCCAUACACGGAGAGUCUUCCAACCACAGUGCAGUAGAUUUAGAAAACCCUGAUCUUUUAGUUCAUCCUAGAAGUGAACACUCAUUGGAAUAUUCCCAAAAGAUCAUUCUUCAUUCUGGGGAUGCUCUAUUUAUUCCUGAAGGCUGGUUUCACCAAGUGGACAGUGAUAAUGUGACCAUUGCAGUGAACUUCUGGUGGAAGUCAUACAUAAUGUCUAACAUAUUAGAACAUAUGGAUGCAUAUUAUUUAAGGAGGAUAUUGAACAGAUUGGCGGGCAAGGAAAUGAAUUCUAUGCUGCAGAACAGUUCAGUUAUGAAUCUUGAAGGAAGAGAGAAGGCUGAAAAUGCAAAUGAUGCCGCAAAAGGUUGUUCUGAGUUUAAUUCAAAUAUUCGGAUGGAAAAUGUAAACGAGAAUGACACAAAACAAGGGCUAGACUUGCAGCAGCUAGAACCCUUUGCCCUCAGAAUGCUUUAUGAACUUAUAUCUUUGGUUCAUAAUGUUCUUAAAGUUGGUGGUAGAAAUGAAGCUAUGGAGCAUGCCUAUUUAAAAGGUUCAUCUGUCAGUUCACAAAAUGUAUACGGACAAACUGCAACUUUUAAUUCCUCUCUUCUGGUAGCUGACCCAGUUGCUAGCAUCUUCUGUGCUGUUGAACCGCAUGUUCUCAAGAAAGUGUUACUAGAGGGUAAUACUUUCCCAAGAACAUUGGAGACUCUCAUUCUACACGCACUUUCCCCAAUUGCGGCAGAAGUACUGACAAGGAAGUUUGAUGAGAUGGAUCAACAGAUGACAAAAGAACAGCAGCAUGAGUUUUACCAGAUAUUCUAUAGCGUAUUUGAUGAUCCAAAUACUGCAAUGGGUGCAAUUCUCAAGGGAAAGGAAACAUUUGCUUUUCAGGUAGUUAAGAAUGUACUGGAUCAGUACUUGGGAUUACGCGUUGAGAAGCCGGAAUAGUUCCCAGAUGAAGCUAAUUUAAUGUGAAAGUGACGCAACUUGGUGCAAUUAUGACACUAUUCAUACAAGAUAUUUCAGUUAUGGAGGCGGGUCCAUUGACACGAAGAUAGACGCUGGGGAGGCCCCGAGUAUUACUAUUGUCGAUCAUACCCGUGCACACUCUAGCUGGGAGUUGACGGAUCCACAGAUACAAUAUUAUGUGCGUUAAGCCGGCUUUUUUGAGUGUUCACAAAUUAAAUGGGUAAGACUUGAUUGGGCACUUUUGACGGCAUUGGUUGAAUGAUGGAGGCCCGAGACAAAUACUUUCCAUCUUCGCCAAGGAGAGGCGACGAUUACCUUACAGGAUGUUGGGGUUAUACUUGGCCUCAGAGUAGAUGGUGAUGCAGUGACGGGCAUCGAUGACUUCAAUUAUGCGACCAAGUGUGAAGAAUUGUUGGGUCACACUCCUACAAUGAAGGGGGGAAAGAUCAAACUCGAAUGGUUAAGGAAUAACUUUCAGAAUGUACCGAUCGAUGCGACUGAUGAGAUCAUUAAGCGCUAUGCCCGUGCAUAUAUUUUACAUAUGAUCGGUACUAUUCUGUUUCCGGAUUCCACUAAGGAUUCCGUGCACGUGAGAUGGUUACCGCUUCUUGGGGACCUAGAAGAGUGUGGAGAGUUAUCUUGGGGGAGUGCAGUGUUAGCCUACUUGUAUAGAGAGAUGACGAAAAUAGCACUCGUACAAAAUAAAGAAUUGAAGGGCUGCCUCACUUUGCUGCAGAUAUGGUCAUGGGAGCGAUUGCAUAUGGGAACACCUGAUUUGAGGGAGGCCCGCGCUCUCGAUGGGCAUAUUCCGUUAGGCUGCAGAUGGAAUGUGUCCAGAUCUUGGCAAACCUCUCCAAAGGGGCAUGAAAACUUUUACAGAAAUGAGCUUGAUCAGAUGGAGGAUGAACAGGUCAAAUGGAUGCCCUACGAGCUAGUGUUGGAGUCACUACCGGAUAUUUGCCGAGAAGGUGAGGAUGUAUGGCGUGCUCGCGUCCCCCUUAUAUGCUUUGAGAUUGUCGAAAUGCACUUGCCUGACCGUGUGCUUCGACAAUUUGGACUACGGCAACAUAUUCCAGCGCCUGUGGAGAGAAUAGAGAGAGAUCCAAGAAAAGGUGCACAUCGUGCUAAUUGGCAAAUAAUUCGCCAAAAUUACAUCCAUAGGUGGGUUUUAAGGGAGGAACAGGUAGUGAUGGAGAGGGCUGAUGCACCUGACCUAGGUGUGUACCUACGGUGGUAUUGGGGGAUUACUCGCCGGUGGAUAUUUCAGGAAAACAAAGCCCCGAAGGAGUACAUACCAAGAGGCCCAGUCGAGAGAGAGUUGGUACAAGAGCUCGAGGAGCUUUCUACUAUGGCACAUGACGCAUUGCGUACGACUACCGAGCAGGAGCCGAGGAACAUGUUCCUUCGAAUGAUAAAAAAGAUACGGUCGGCUCUUCAGAGGACGCGUCAUGCAAGCCGUGAUGGACGGGAGGAGCGACCAAUUGAGUACGGGCGGCGACGUCGACGAGGACACACGGGGGUGGGAUCAAGCUAUGCGCAUGAUGAAGCUGGCGGCUCACAGCAGACUCAGGCCGAAUGUUCACAGGCGGUUCGAGACGACGCGGAUGUCAUGCACUCCCAACUUCACACACAACCGGACGAGGAACUUAUCCGAGCUCACGUCGAAGGUGAUCGAGGAAGGGGGAGAGGAAGAAGAGGGAGAGGGAGAGGGAGAGGAAGAGGGAGGGGAAAGGGCGUUGUUGAUAUUUGUUAAGUUUCGAUGGACUUGAUAGGAUGUUUGCGUUUGAGUUGCAAUUUGGACUUGAUAUGUUGUUUGUGUUGCGAUGGAUUUGAUAUAAUGUUAAGUUUGCGAAUAUGAAUUGUACGUAUUAUAUUUGUG